CAGAAAGAGAGCAGCAGAUAAGUGAGAACAAUCACAAAACAUGAGCUGAAGUGUGCUCAUCCCGUUUUUCCAGCAGGCAGCAGCAGAAAACUUCCGUUUCCCGGAGAUUGAACCGUUGGAUCGUCGUGAUUUUUGGACAGCAGCUUCACAGCAUCUGAGCCAACAUUCUGGACGGUGGAGAUCGGGUUUUGAGGUCCGGAGGUCGGGUUUCGUUGGUCUGGACAGUAGCUAUUUUUCUGGUGAUAUUUUUCUUAUCUUGGCUCUAUUUGAUUCCAUACACCUUGAUGUGCUUACUUCCAAGGAUAUGAUGAUUUUGUAUGCCUCUAGUAUUAUCUAGAGAAGACUUUGUACUGCUCCUUUGAUGAUGAUAGUGGAUUUAAGCGGCCAAAAUGGUCCCGUGGUUUUUCCCUAGUUAACGGGUUUUCCACGCUAAAAUUCCGGUGUUUUUGUGUGGUGUGUGCUUACUGUUUUAGCUCAUUAUAUUGGUGUGUGGCAGCAAUAUUGUGUGUUCUAAUUGUAUUAAGAACACCCUAUUUGUUUGCAUCCUCAAAGGUUCAUUCAAGUUGGGGAAAGUUUAGCCAAACGGAGAUUAAUUCCGCAUUUUAUUAGUUCCGUGUGUGGCUGUUUUUCCCCAUCAAAUUGGUAUCAGAGCCGAGUUCUUCUGUAUUGGGUUAGACUUGUUUGAAUGAUGGAAGCAAACACAAGUAGGAUGAUCAAUUUGAAUGGUUCUAAUUAUCAUGUUUGGAAAGGCAAAAUGGAAGACCUACUUUAUGUGAAGGAUUAUUAUUUGCCUGUGUUUACUACUGAUAAACCUGAGAGUAAAACAGAUGCAGAGUGGAAUAUUUUGCAUAGACAGGUUUGUGGGUAUAUUCGCCAAUGGGUUGAUGAUAAUGUUUUGAACCAUAUUAGCGGGGAAACUCAUGCUCGCAGUUUGUGGAACAAGCUUGAACAGUUGUAUGCUCGAAAGACCGGGAACAAUAAAUUGUUCUUAAUUAAACAGAUGAUGAGCUUGAAAUACCAUGAUGGAACUCCUGUCACUGAUCAUUUGAAUUCUUUUCAGGGAAUCAUAAAUCAACUUGCAGGAAUGGGUAUCAAGUUUGAAGAUGAGAUACAAGGCUUGUGGCUCCUUGGCACUUUACCGGACUCAUGGGAGACUUUUAGGACAUCAUUGUCCAACUCUGCACCAGAUGGUAUUAUCACCAUGGAAUUAGCUAAAGGCAGUGUUUUAAAUGAAGAGAUGAGAAGAAAGUCACAAGGUUCCUCUUCACAUUCUGAUGUCUUAGUUACAGAAAGCAGGGGGAGAAGUCAGAGUAGAGGUCCAGGUAACAAAGGGAAGCAUCGAAGUAAAUCCAAAGGAAAGUUUGCUGAUUUUGAGUGCUAUCAUUGUGGUAGAAAAGGGCACACAAUACGAUUCUGCAGGCAAUUGAAAAAGGAGAAGAAGAAGAGCGAUUACAACAAUCAAAAGAACCAUAAGAAAGAUGAGGGUGGUAAUGGCAAUGUUGAAGUUAACAGUGCUACCGAUGAGUUCCUUAUUUGUUCUGAUCUUGAUAUGGUCAACAUUGCACAUGAUGAUUCCAGUUGGGUUGUUGAUAGUGGUGCUACUUGUCAUGUAACAUCACAGAGGGAUUUUUAUUCAUCUUACACUCCAGGUAACUUUGGUAAUGUUAGGAUGGGUAAUAAUGGACUAUCAAAGAUUGCAGGCAUCGGAGAUAUUUGUUUGAAGUUUGACACUGGGAUAGAGUUGGUUUUACAUAAUGUAAAACAUGUUCCAGAUAUGAGACUUAAUUUGAUCUCCGCAGGCUUACUUGAUGAUGAUGGUUACAGCAACAACUUUGGUAAUGGAAUUUGGAAACUCACUCGUGGUUCUUUGAUCGUGGCUAGAGGUAAAAGAUGCUCAAAGUUGUACAUGACACAUCCGAAGAUCUUCAAGGAUAGGGUCAAUGCUGUGGUGAACACUGACAUGACUGAUUUAUGGCAUAAGAGACUUGGUCACAUGAGUGAAAAGGGGAUGUCUCUUUUGUUGAAGAGAAAUGUGUUACCGGGUGUGCAUGAUAUUCAUCUAAAGAAGUGUUCUCACUGUUUGGCAGGUAAACAGAACAGGGUUUCCUUUAAGAGCCAUCCUCCUUCCAGGAAGGAGAGUAUACUUGAUUUGGUGCAUUCUGAUGUUUGUGGUCCUAUGAAGACUAGGACACUUGGUGGUUGCUCCUACUUUGUCACAUUCAUUGAUGAUCACUCCAGAAAGGUAUGGGUUUAUACCUUGAAAUCUAAAGAUCAAGUAUUUGAGGUGUUUAAGCAGUUUCAUGCCUCGGUUGAGAGACAGACUGGAAAGAAGCUCAAGUGUAUUCGGACAGAUAAUGGAGGGGAAUACAUUGGCCCCUUUGAUGCUUAUUGUAGAGAUCAUGGUAUUCGACAUCAAAAGAGUCCUCCCAAGACACCGCAGCUGAACGGAUUAGCAGAGCGGAUGAACAGAACUUUGAUGGAGCGUGUCAGAUGUUUGUUGUCACAUGCAGGGCUGCCAAAUUCAUUCUGGGGAGAAGCUUUGAAUACAGCGGUACAUGUUAUUAAUCUAACUCCUUGUGUUCCUUUGUCUUUUGAUGUACCUGACAGGGUUUGGAGUGGCAAAGAUGCUUCUUACCGUCAUUUGAGGGUCUUUGGAUGCAAAGCUUUUGUGCACAUUCCUAAAGAUGAAAGAUCAAAGCUUGAUGUGAAGUCCAAACCAUGUGUUUUCUUGGGUUAUGGCCAAGAUGAGUUUGGUUACAGAUUAUAUGAUCCAGUCCACAAGAAACUUAUUCGAAGCCGAGAUGUUGUGUUUGUGGAAGAUCAAACCUUGAAAGAUGCUGAGAAGAAAGAUACAGUUCCUCAACAUAAUGAUGAUGUUACUGAUUUGGAUCCAGUGCCUCCUCAGCAUGUAGAACCACCUCUUGAUAAUGAUGUUCAGAAUGAUGAACAACAUGAUACUGAUGUUCCAGAACAGCCAGAGGUGGAUGAAGAAUUUCAUUCAGAGAUACCAGUACCAGACGUGCCACCAUUUGUCCCACUUAGGCGGUCUACAAGAGAUCGUCAUCCUUCCACCCGUUUUUCAGCUAAUGAGUAUGUCUUACUCACUGAUGGGGGAGAGCCUGAGUGUUAUGCAGAGGCCAUGGAAGAUGAGCAUAAAAGGGAGUGGGUUGAAGCCAUGCAAGAUGAGAUGAAUUCCUUACAUGAAAAUAAUACAUUUGAGUUGGUGAAGUUGCCUAAAGGCAAGAGAGCUUUGAAGAACAAGUGGGUCUACAAAGUGAAGACUGAAGAGCACACCUCACAACCUAGGUACAAGGCUAGAUUGGUGGUCAAAGGGUUCAGUCAGAGAAAGGGUAUUGAUUUUGAUGAGAUUUUCUCUCCGGUCGUGAAGAUGGGAUCUAUUCGUGUUGUUCUGGGUUUGGCAGCCAGCCUUGAUCUUGAGGUUGAACAGAUGGAUGUCAAAACAGCUUUCCUUCACGGUGACUUGGAUAAAGAAAUCUACAUGGAGCAACCUGAAGGGUUUCAGGUUAAGGGAAAAGAAGGUUAUGUGUGUAGACUUCAAAAGAGUCUUUAUGGGUUGAAGCAAGCACCAAGACAGUGGUACAAGAAGUUUGAGUCAGUUAUGGGGGAGCAAAAUUACCGAAAGACUACUUCAGACCAUUGUGUUUUCUUCCAGAGGUUUGAUGAUGAUGAUUUCAUUAUUUUAUUGUUAUAUGUUGAUGACAUGUUAAUUGUUGGCAAGAAUGCAGAAAGAAUUACUCAGCUGAAGAUGCAAUUGAGCAAGUCUUUUGCUAUGAAAGACUUGGGGCCAGCAAAACAGAUUCUUGGCAUUCGGAUCACUCGAGAUAGAGCUUUGAAGAAGCUACACAUGUCACAGGAGCAAUACAUUGAGAAGGUGCUUCGCAGAUUCAACAUGGACAAAGCUAAAGAGGUUAGUUCACCUCUUACUACCAACUUCAGGUUGACAGAUAAAGAUUGUCCAUCUUCUGAGAAGAAGAUUGAAGAGAUGGAUAAAGUUCCUUAUGCCUCAGCUGUAGGGAGCUUGAUGUAUGCUAUGGUGUGCACACGACCUGAUAUUGCCCAUGCAGUAGGUGUUGUUAGUCGUUUUCUGUCAAAUCCAGGUAAGAAGCAUUGGGAAGCAGUGAAGUGGAUUCUCAGAUAUCUACGUGGUACUUCCAAAUUGGGUAUAACAUUUGGAAAUGGGGAGCCAAUACUUGUUGGUUAUACUGAUUCUGAUAUGGCAGGAAAUAAGGACAACAUGAAAUCCACUUCUGGAUAUUUGAUGACUUUUGCAGGGGGAGCUGUGUCAUGGCAAUCGAGACUGCAAAAGUGUGUGGUUUUAUCCACCACCGAGGCUGAGUAUGUGGCUGCAACAGAAGCUUGUAAGGAGCUAUUAUGGCUUAAAAGGUUUAUGCAAGAGAUUGGCUUUAUGCAACAACGCUAUGUGGUUCUUUGUGAUAAUCAAAGUACCAUUCACCUUGCUAAAAAUUGUAUGUUUCACAAACGAACCAAACAUAUUGAUGUGAGGUAUCAUUGGAUUAGAGAUGCACUUGAAGACAAACUGUUUGAACUUGAUAAAGUUCAUACCAAUGAUAAUGGUGCCGAUAUGUUGACGAAGGUUCUAGCAAGGGAAAAGUUGAAGCAGGCAGCAGCAGAAAACUUCCGUUUCCCGGAGAUUGAACCGUUGGAUCGUCGUGAUUUUUGGACAGCAGCUUCACAGCAUCUGAGCCAACAUUCUGGACGGUGGAGAUCGGGUUUUGAGGUCCGGAGGUCGGGUUUCGUUGGUCUGGACAGUAGCUAUUUUUCUGGUGAUAUUUUUCUUAUCUUGGCUCUAUUUGAUUCCAUACACCUUGAUGUGCUUACUUCCAAGGAUAUGAUGAUUUUGUAUGCCUCUAGUAUUAUCUAGAGAAGACUUUGUACUGCUCCUUUGAUGAUGAUAGUGGAUUUAAGCGGCCAAAAUGGUCCCGUGGUUUUUCCCUAGUUAACGGGUUUUCCACGCUAAAAUUCCGGUGUUUUUGUGUGGUGUGUGCUUACUGUUUUAGCUCAUUAUAUUGGUGUGUGGCAGCAAUAUUGUGUGUUCUAAUUGUAUUAAGAACACCCUAUUUGUUUGCAUCCUCAAAGGUUCAUUCAAGUUGGGGAAAGUUUAGCCAAACGGAGAUUAAUUCCGCAUUUUAUUGGUUCCGUGUGUGGCUGUUUUUCCCCAUCACGAUGUUGUUCUUCGAUCACAUGAGGCUUCUUCAAUUGUUCUUGGUUGGGCUGCCAAAUCUAUUUAUUCUCAAGAGAUGUUGCAUACCAUAAGGAAUUCAAUGAUUAAUUAGACAAAUAGAUGUGGUAAUUAAAUUGAAAUGUUGUUUAGUACUACGUAAAUAGAUCAAUGAUGAAAUUGAAGGGGAGGGGGAAUCUGAAGCAACAACCACAUAAUAAAAGAAAACAUUUGCCAUCCUUUCCAUCGCCGAAGACUUGUUCACAAAAUGGAAUCCCCGGCCCAAAUGUUCGGUUCUAUUGUUUUGGUUGAUGUUUCAGUAUUGGUUUGAUUCACUUCUGCACGAGACAAAUUUUAUACUUAGUGGGUACAUACAAAUUAAAGGCUAGGGGAGUAUUGGCAAAUGGCGCAAAUAUCUCCAAUAUUGAUUCAUAAUUUAUAAUUUAUCUUUUUUCUCAUUGGAAUAAUUAAAAGUUAUUAUAAAUGUUAAUAUAA